AUGGAUACGGCGGGGCCGCCAGGCCAAUUUGGAGCAACUGCUCAGGCUGGAGCUGUGGUGCAUGACGUUUUUGGGAAAGCAGGCGAAUUGUUGCCCAAUAAAAGCGAAGAUGGUAUCAAAGCUCAUGAUGAGAGUGGGCAGGAGAAGCUCGGCUUCAAAUCUAAUCCAGGCGCCCCCACUCCACCACAGGAUACCGACACUUCCUCCUCGUCCGACCUCGACAAAGCCAUCUCGGAUCCCAAGGUCCAACAGCUCGCUCGGCAAGUCACAGCGCACUCUGUAAAGACCAAAGAUGGGCAGAACUACCCCAACCCAUUCACGGAGGGUGAAGACCUUGAUCCACAGCUUGACCCGUCGAACCCGCAGUUUCGACCUGAAUCAUGGGUCAGGACUCUUAUCGGAAUACAAUCAAGAGACCCCGAGCUCUACCCACAGCGAGUCGCCGGCAUUUCGUACCAAAACCUCAACGUGCAUGGUUUUGGAAGCUUGGCAGAUUACCAGAAGACGUUUGGAAAUUACCCCCUCAGUAUCACCUCGCUAUGGGGCAAGCUGACGGGGAGAGGUCAGAGGAAGAUCCAGAUACUGCGGGACUUUGACGGUCUGGUGCGAAGCGGCGAAAUGCUCGUGGUCCUCGGACGACCAGGCUCCGGCUGCACGACACUUCUGAAAACCAUCUCUGGGAGAACGCAUGGCUUCUUCAUUGAUGAAGCGUCGGAGAUAAAUUACCAAGGAAUACCGAAAGAGACAAUGCACAAAGAUUUUCGCGGAGAAUGCAUGUACCAAGCAGAAAUCGAUGUCCAUUUUCCGCAAUUGACUGUCGGCCAAACGCUGAAAUUUGCAGCCGAGGCAAAGGCUCCACGAAAUAGGCUGCCAGGUGUGACCAGAGACAUGUAUGCUGAACAUAUGACGAAAGUCAUCAUGGCUGUCUUUGGCAUCUCUCAUACCUUCAAUACAAAGGUUGGAAAUGAGUAUAUUCGAGGAGUCAGCGGAGGUGAAAGGAAACGAGUCAGUAUAGCGGAGGCCGCGCUCGGCGCUAGCCCACUGCAAUGCUGGGACAAUAGUACCAGAGGUUUGGACAGUGCUACAGCUUUGGAAUUUGUCAAAACGCUUCGUAUAUCAACAUCAUUGUCGAGGGCUACAGCUGCUGUAGCCAUCUAUCAAGCGUCACAGGGUAUUUACGAUAUCUUUGACAAGGUAGUGGUGCUGUAUGAAGGGCGGCAGAUAUACUUCGGUCCUACCGAAUCUGCAAAAUUGUUCUUCGUCGAUAUGGGCUUCUACUGCACCGAUCGUGCAACUACCGGGGAUUUCCUCACCUCACUCACCAAUCCUGCGGAACGUGUCGUCAGAGAAGGCUUCGAACACCUUGUACCUCGGACGCCUGAUGAAUUUGCGCAGAGAUGGCAGCAAUCACCGGACAGAGCUCAGCUUCUUGAAGACAUAGCGCAAUUCAACAAGGAAUUUCCUGUGGGUGGGCAGGAGCUUGCUCAAUUCCAAAAGUCAAGGAAAGCGACAAUGGCGAAAGGCCAACGAGCGAAGUCCCCUUAUACGCUCUCUAUCCCAAUGCAGGUCAAGCUUUGUCUAUAUCGAGGCUUCCAACGCCUGCAAGGUGAUGCGUCAAUCACAUUGACCAGUGUCAUUGGAAACAGUGUUAUGGCUAUCAUCAUUGGCAGCGUCUUCUACAACCUGCCACAUGAUACUGGCAGCUUUUACUACCGCGGCGCUCUCCUGUUCUUUGCAGUCUUACUCAAUGCUUUUGCUAGUUUUCUUGAGAUUCUCACGCUGUACGCGCAGCGGCCAAUUGUCGAAAAGCAGGCACAGUAUGCAUUCUAUCACCCCUUCUCGGAAGCAAUAGCUUCAAUGCUAUGCGACCUUCCAAGCAAAUUUUUCAUGUCUAUCUCCUUCAAUGUAACGCUAUAUUUCUUGUCCCAUCUACGACGAACACCGGGGGCCUUCUUCACAUUCUACCUGUUCUCCCUUGUCACUACGUUGACCAUGUCUAUGUUGUUCCGCUUCAUUGGAGCUUGUUCAAAGACCUUAGCACAAGCUAUGGCGCCGGCUGCAGUAUCAAUAUUGGCUCUCAUUAUUUACACUGGGUUUGCUAUUCCUGUAAGAGAUAUGCAUCCCUGGUUCCGAUGGAUCGGCUAUAUAGAUCCCGUGGCGUACGCCUUCGAAAGUCUUAUGAUCAACGAGUUUCAAGGCGAAAAAUACAAAUGCGUUGGUUUCGUUCCGGCUUACCCAGGUUUACAGCCUGACCAGCAUGUAUGCAAUACAAUUGGAUCUAUACCAGGUCAAGAUUAUGUAGAUGGCACUCGUUAUAUCAACGAGGCAUUCAGCUACUACGACAAACACAAGUGGCGUAAUCUUGGCGUCCUCAUCGCAAUGAUGAUAGGUCUUUGUGCUGCUUACCUCAUUGCGGCCGAGCUAGUCGCAGCCCAGAGGUCGAAAGGUGAAGUCCUCGUCUUCCCACGUGGCAAGAUACCAGGCUUCGCAAAGAAAAAGAGCAGCAGUGACGAAGAAGAAAAGGUGGACGAUCGUCCUACGGCAGAUGGGGCUGUGAUCGAGAAGACGGUCACGGCUGGGGACGUACCUCCGAGCAUUCAAAAGCAGACAGCUAUUUUUCAUUGGCAAGCAGUAAAUUACGAUAUUAAGAUCAAAGGCGAAGGCAGACGUAUCCUUAACGAUGUUGAUGGAUGGGUCAAACCGGGAACUUUGACUGCCUUAAUGGGAGCUACGGGUGCCGGCAAGACCAGCUUGUUAGACACACUUGCUAGUCGUGUCACGAUGGGCGUUGUGACUGGUCAGAUGUUGGUCAACGGCCGUCAAAGAGACAGCGGCUUUCAACGCAAGACUGGCUAUGUUCAACAGCAAGAUCUACAUUUAGCGACUUCAACUGUUAGAGAAGCCCUCAACUUCAGCGCGUUACUUAGACAGCCAAAGACUACACCAAAGAAAGAAAAGCUCGAAUAUGUCGAAGAAGUCAUCAAAGUCUUGGAGAUGGAGAGCUACGCAGAUGCGGUUGUGGGUGUUCUUGGAGAAGGCUUGAACGUUGAGCAAAGGAAGCGGCUCACCAUUGGAGUGGAGCUUGCUGCAAGACCUGCUUUGCUGCUCUUCUUAGAUGAACCAACCUCCGGUCUAGACAGUCAGACGGCUUGGUCAAUCGUUGCACUGCUCAGAAAGCUUGCCAACAAUGGUCAGGCUAUUCUGUGUACUAUCCAUCAACCCUCGGCCGUACUCUUCCAAGAAUUCGACCGCCUACUCUUUCUUGUAUAUGGUGGUAAAACUGUCUACUUCGGAGAUAUUGGCCACAACUCCAGGACGCUGACAUCCUACUUCGAACACAAUGGGGCAAGAACAUGUGGCGUGGAAGAGAAUCCUGCCGAGUGGAUGCUGGACAUAGUUGGUGCCGCGCCCGGCUCCCAGAAUACCACCGACUGGGGGCAAGUUUGGCGAGAGUCUCCAGAGAAGCAACAGGUCCGGGCAACUCUGGCUAAUAUGAAAAGAGACCUCUCGAAGCUGCCAGCUGAAGACGACCCCGCUUCGCUUCGGGAAUUCGCUGAAUCUUUUACCACUCAACUUUUGGCCGUCCAGAAUCGGGUCUUCCAGCAAUAUUGGAGAACUCCUUACUAUCUUUACUCAAAAUUGCUGCUAUGUCUCGCCACCGCUAUAUUCAUUGGUUUCUCGUUCUGGGACUCAGCCGUAUCGAUACAAGGCCUUCAGAACCAGCUUUUCAGCAUUUUCAUGCUGAUGACCAUGUUUGGGAAUUUGGUCCAGCAAAUUUUGCCACACUUUGUAACUCAGAGAGCCCUUUACGAAAGCCGCGAACGACCGUCCAAGACAUACGGUUGGAAGGUCUUCAUGCUCUCUCAAAUCUUCGUCGAGAUUCCUUGGAACACUCUUAUGUCCGUUUUGAUCUUUGUGUGCUUCUACUACCCAAUCGGAAUGUAUCGCAACGCACAACCAACCCAUGCCCUCAACCAGCGCUCCACUCUCUUUUGGCUCUUUAUCUGGCAGUUUCUCCUCUUCACUUCUACCUUCACCGACAUGAUCAUUGCUGGCAUCGAACUCGCCGAAACAGCCGGCAACAUCGGACAACUCCUCUUUUCCCUCACCCUGAUCUUCUGUGGUGUCCUCGCUGGUCCUGUUCAACUCCCAGGCUUCUGGAUCUUUAUGUACCGCGUCUCGCCCUUCACUUACUUGAUUGACGGCAUGCUCUCUACUGGACUUGCAAAUACGCAGGUGAAGUGCUCCUCCAUCGAGUACAUCAAUUUCAAUCCCACUGCUGGCAAGACGUGUUCAGAAUAUAUGGCCGAUUACAUCUCCGCUGCAGGCGGCUAUCUCACUAACCCCAACGCUACGACCCAGUGCAAUUUUUGUACUGCAAGCGACACAAACACGUACCUUAGUGCACUCUCCUCUUCCUAUUCGAAUAGAUGGAGAAACUUUGGCAUAAUGUGGGCCUUUAUCAUCUUCAACACCGCUGCGGCGCUCUUUCUCUACUGGCUCGCUCGCGUACCUCGAAAACAAAAGGUUUCCGAAGAAGCAUUGCCAGAUCCAGAAACCCUCAGCCGCUCGCAAACGAAGUCAGAUGGGUUGAUGAGCAAGGUGCAGAGCAAAGUCAGCUACACGAGCUUGACAAAGGAACAGAGUAAGAGUACUCUGGGAAGGAGGGGCACGGCAGCAACAGAAGACGAAAAGAGCAUUCCGCCAGUACCGCCUGUUGCAUCGGAGAAAUUGGGAAAAGGCAGCUACGAAGAGAGAAAAGGAUCAUCGGAAGGUCUAAGCCCGAGCAGUAGCGGAGGCGAGAAGGAUCUUGAGAAGGCUGCUGUCAUGGACGUAGCGCAGGAGAAGAAGUCACCGACAAUUGCGGAGAAGGAAAGGGACAUAAGAUUAGAGCCCACCAAUAAUAUGAGCAAUACAGCAAGAGAUUUCGAAAAGGUAGACUCUGUGGAUGCGAAAGACAUGGCCGAAGGUCAAGUGACACCCAAAGCGACACCAAGAGUGGCACCAAUCACUAUCCCGAGUGCUCAUGGAGAUGAAGGGUCAAGCGUGGCCGACUCGCAAGUGAGCCCUAUCAGCGCGGUGACUGCUAGCGAGGGGAGGAGAGAUGGCAGUGAGAGCGAGAGCGGCGGGGAGAAGGUCUGGAAUACGGAUUUGGUUAAUCGGUCGCAUAUUCCGGGAGAGCUGAAGGAGUGA